AUGGAGUGCACCUGUGCUCACUAUUUAUCGAUCACUGUCCAGGGUGUGUUUUCCCAUCAUGAAGAAUCAAACGACCUUUUCCGCUACACAUCCAGCCGUUGGCUGUACGAUGAGCCACGGCAACUGGCAGAAAGAUAUGUGAAGUUCGACGUGGAUGCGCUGAAACGGAUUGCUAGUGAUGCACUUGGCUCUCCUUGUAAAGAACUCACCAAAUUCCGCGAAGGAUACUCCAACAAGGUGUUCCUGCUACGCAUGCAGAAUGGAGAAGAGGUCCUUGCAAAGAUACCGCACCCUAUCGCUGGCCCUGCAGAGUACAUCGUGGCUAGUGAGACUGCUACUUUGGAUUUCGUACUUCCUCGAGUGUUUAAAUCGAGUACGGGCCAUCAAGUGGCCUCAUCUCCCAAUCCAGUCGGGGCGGAAUAUAUGCUCAUGGAAAAAGUCAAGGGCCGUCAAUUGGCCGAUGUAUGGCCAGAAAUGCCAGAGUACGAGCGCUUUCACCUCGUCGAGAAUAUUGUUGAAAUACAGAAGAAAUUGAUGGCAGCAAAAUUAUCAAAAUAUGGGAGCAUAUACUACCGUGACGCUCAUCCCACUGGGAUGCUUACCGAUAAUUGUAGUACUUUAUCUAUUCCUGACGCAACUACAAAGAACACCUCCAGAUUCAUCAUUGGCCCUGUCGCUGCCAACUGUUUCUGGGAGAACGGAAAGCGAGAUCUGGAUAUCGACCGUGGUCCAUGGAAUACUGCAGAGGAGUAUUUUGCCGCCGUUGCAAAGCGCGAGAUUACAUGGAUUAAGCAAAUCGGACGUCACCAACCUCAAAGUCCUACAUUACUCACCGAAACAUCGCUAUGUUCUCCAGACAUACAUGUGCAACUGCUUGAGCUCUAUCUCACACUGCUACCCUACAUUCUUCCGCCUGUAGAGGAGGUUACCAGCGCAGUCCUGUGGCAUGAAGAACUCUAUUUUGAUCAUAUAUUUGUCGACGAGACGGACCGUACCAAAAUAACUGGAAUUAUUGAUUGGCAGGGAAUAUAUGCCGCGCCUCUCUUCAUGCAAGCCGGAUUUCCCGCAAUAGCAUACUCUACCGAGCCGUAUGAGUGGGGUACGAUCAUGCCGCAACUGCCCGACGAUUACGAGACUCUGUCCGAAGCCGACAAGGAAACGGCAAAGGACAGACUCCGCGUCCAAAGACUCAAGAAAUUCUAUGAGAUGGCGUGCCUACAGCUUGGAAAUCCUCUUGCGUACAAGGCUAUGCGUUCCAGGUUUCUAUGUAGUGUUGACCCGAGCAUCUUAAUCUUGCAUUUGGCCGGGCGGAUCUGGCAGGAUGGACCGGUUCCGUUUCAGGAAUUGCUGCUCCAGAUAUACGAGAAAUGGGAUGGCAUUUGUCUGAGCAGAGGCUUGGAUGUCGCCUGCCCAGUCACAUUCACAGAAGAGGGCAUCAGUGAAGCUAGAAAAGUCGCAGAUAAAUGGGGAGAUGCUAGAGUCGACUUUCAGAGCUUGCGCGACCUGGUUUUGGGCGCAGAUGGCGGGGUCUCUCAUGAGGACUAUGAUGAAGCCAUGGCCCAGUUCAAUUUGUACAGAGAGACUCUGGAGGAGCGACGAGAACAAUUGUUUUAUCUAGAUGGUUGAGCAGCAGCAAAAUUAAAAUUUUAACAAUACGCAAG